AUGAGUUCCUCCACGUCUAGUGCUCUCGUGCUAGCAGCAGCAGUACUCCUAGCACUGACCUUAGCCCAGCGUGGCUCCCUCGCCGCAACCGUCGGACCUAGGGUCAUCGUCGUCGGCGCCGGCAUGUCCGGGAUCUCGGCGGCGAAGAGGCUGUCGGACGCCGGGGUAACCGACCUGCUGAUCCUGGAAGCGACGGACCACAUCGGCGGCCGGAUGCACAAGAAGAACUUCGCCGGCAUCAACGUCGAGGUUGGCGCCAACUGGGUGGAGGGCGUGAACGGCGGCAAGAUGAACCCCAUCUGGCCCAUCGUCAACUCCACGCUCAAGCUCCGGAACUUCCGCUCCGACUUUGAUUACCUCGCCCAGAACGUCUACAAGGAGGACGGUGGCCUCUACGAUGAAGAUUAUGUUCAGAAGAGAAUUGACCGAGCGGAUGGUGUGGAAGAGCUCGGGGAGAAACUCUCUGGCACUUUGCACGCCAGUGGCAGGGACGACAUGUCUAUCCUUGCAAUGCAGCGCCUCAACGAUCACCAGCCGAACGGGCCGGCGACGCCGGUGGACAUGGUGGUAGACUACUACAAGUUCGACUACGAGUUCGCGGAGCCGCCGCGGGUGACCAGCCUGCAGAACGUCGUCCCUCUCUCGACCUUCAGCCACUUCGGCGACGACGUCUACUUCGUCGCCGACCAGCGGGGCUACGAGGCCGUCGUGUACUACCUCGCCGGCCAGUUCCUCAAGACCGACAGGUCUGGAAAGAUCGUCGACCCGCGGCUGCAGCUCAACAAGGUGGUGCGAGAGAUCAGCUAUUCCCCGGGUGGCGUCACCGUGAAGACGGAGGACAACUCGGUGUACAGGGCAGACUAUGUUAUGGUUUCUGCAAGCCUGGGUGUCCUGCAAUCCGCUCUCAUUCAGUUCAAGCCGCAGCUACCUGAGUUUGAGAAGCAGUAUCCUGGUGCCAACGUCCUCCUUGUCACCGUGACCGACGAGGAGUCGAGGCGUAUUGAGCAGCAGUCGGACAACCAGACCAAGGCAGAGAUCAUGCAAGUGCUGAGGAAGAUGUUCCCCGGCAAGGACGUCCCGGAUGCCACCGACAUCCAUGUCCCGAGAUGGUGGUCUGACAGGUUCUACAAGGGCACCUUCUCCAAUUGGCCAAUUGGUGUCAACCGCUACGAAUACGACCAGCUUAGGGCACCGGUUGGAAGCGUAUACUUCACCGGUGAGCAUACCAGCGAGCACUACAAUGGCUAUGUCCAUGGCGCUUAUCUUUCAGGUAUCGACUCUGCUGAAAUUCUCAUCAACUGCGCCCAGAAAAAGAUGUGCAAGUACCAUGUCCAGGGCAAGUAUGACUAG